AUACCAUAAUCCUCAUAUCACCAUCAAAAGCCCUCUAAUUCAUGCCUUCUAUGCCUUCUAUGCCUUCUAUCCAUGAUCAUGGCCGCAAUAACUGUAAAUAUAGAGAGCCGCAAUACCAUAAUCCUCAUAUCACCAUCAAAAGUUUAUAGUCAUGGGUCUCAUGUCUCUCUUCGUGGUCAUCAUUUCCUUCUUCAUGGUUGCUCACAAUGUGAACUCAGCCACUUUCAAUUUCCCCGGUUUUCAGCUGCCAAACACAAAAGACCUCACCUUCGAAGGCGAUGCCAUUGCAUCAAACCGUGUUCUGAAACUUACAAAGACUGCAUACGGUGUUCCUCUGCCCAGCAGUGCUGGCAGAGCCUCCUUUGCUGAACCAGUGCACCUUUGGGAUGAGAAAACAGGGGAACUUGCAGGCUUCACCACCAACUUCUUUUUUGAUGUGGAACCAGUACAAACUAGUCCAGGACUUCAUGGAGAUGGAAUCACCUUCUUCAUUGCACCAUUCAACUCUAAAAUCCCUCAAAACUCAACUGGUGGAUUCCUUGGACUCUUCAGCUCUGACUCUGCUUUCAAUGCCUACCAAAACCAAAUAGUGGCGGUUGAGUUUGACACCUUUGCGGAUAGAUGGGAUCCUAUCUCCUCCCACAUAGGCAUUGAUAUAAACUCCAUUGUUUCAACAACAACCGUGCCGUGGCGAACUGGGAAUUCUGUGAGCACGUCAUUAGCCUUUGCCACCGUGACUUAUGAACCGGUCGCGAAAAAUUUGAGUGUGCUGGUGAAGCAGAUAGAUCAGCAGAGGGGUCUGAAUUUUUCUACUACCACUACCAGCCUCUCGUUAGUUGUUGAUUUGAGGAGUGUUCUUCCUGAAUGGGUUAGAGUUGGGUUCUCUGGCGCCACUGGACUGCUGGUUGAAAACCACAGGAUUUAUGCUUGGGAUUUCAAAUCAAGCUUCACUUAUUAG